UAGCCAUGGAAAAUACAGUACUUUCUCGUGGAAUUUAGAUCGAGCCUCAUCUUGAAGCAAUAUCCGGCAUUUUGUUUGCAUUUGGAUUCGCGUUCGACUGCGGUUUAGGCUUCGCUCGUUUGGGCCAAGUGCAAGGCCAAAGCAUCAUUCAUCGAAUCAUUCGUUUGGUAGAAAGUUUUUGGCGCAUCAUAUGCCGUGGAAUCGGAUGGGGACUGAAAUUUCGUAAGAUGUAAAUAUUCGGACGAGUUCGAAUUGCGACGGUUUGGGGAGUCUGACGAGGGCGAGCGAAGCGUCAUGAGCCGCGCGCCAAAUGGUCGACCGAACUACGUGCUGCAUCGCUUGACAGUGGGGCUGACGUUUCGUGCCUUUCUUUAUCGAUGAGUGCAGGGAAAGAGCAUCUUUCCCCUUUCUUUCUCUGUCUCGAUGAGCAAUUAAUUAGAUAGUGGUGAAUUGCAGAACCUGUGGGUUUCAUGAGCUGCGAGCACGACCACGACAUGGCGACCGCCAGUUCCGUGGUUCCAAAAGUCAAGCUCUUCGGAGCUCCUUACUCCACUUGCACUAGCAGAGUCAUCAUGUGUCUCAUGGAAAAGCAGGUCGACUACGACCUGCAGGUGGUCGACAUCGCCAAGACUCAGGACCACAAGAAGCCGGAGUUUCUGGCCAUGCAGCCAUUCGGAAUGAUUCCCGUCCUCCAGGACAAAGACAUUCAAGUAUUCGAGUCUCGAGCUAUCGUCCGAUACAUCGCUCGCAAGCACGAAGGCCAUGGCACACCACUGUACGGGACGUCCGAGAAAGACAGAGCCAUGGUCGAGCAAUGGUUGGAAGUCGAAGCUCAGAAUUACAACCCGGCGAUAGCACCUGCCGUAUGGCACCUGGUGCACGCGCCCCUCUUCGGUCAACAAGGCGAUCCGGCAAUUGCAGCAACCAGUCUUCAGAAGUUGGAGAAGGUGUUGGAUGUAUACGAAGGAGUGUUGUCCAAGUCCAAAUACCUGGCAGGAGAUUUUUUCAGUUUGGCAGAUCUGUCCCAUAUUCCCUUCACUCACUACCUAAUCAAUGAUGGAGGCAAAGGUGAAAUUUACGAUAAGAGGCCCCAUGUGAAAGCGUGGUGGACAUCAAUUUCCACUCGUCCCACGUGGAAGAAGCACCUUUCCAACGCAUUCCCCGGUAGAACGUUUCCGUAACGUGUGAUCACAUGAAAAGGGCUGCUGAAGAGUAGGCACCCCAAGGCAUGUUCUCCUCUACGAAGCGAAACCUUAUUUCUUCCGUCAGUAGGCACAAUCGAAUGACAGUACUUCCAGCGGAAGUCAUACGAGCACUCUAGGUGCAGAGGGAAUGUUGGAUGAUUCAUUAGGGUUCAUUUGGAAACCCAUCAAGUGUUGCCGUGUUCCACAUCGAGUCCAGAUUUCAAUUCAGAAGCCGUGAUCCCAAACUCACUAAGACUCGGUGAUAACAAAUGAUGAUAAUUUAACUUUAUCAUUAAAUUAUUUAAUAGGUGUAACAGGACAGAACUGGCUCAAACGAUGGUAGGGCCAGUGCUGUGCAGUAUCAAUGUACAUUUCAGCGUAAGUUCAGGCAAUUCAAGUUUUACUGUAAACUGGCAUCUUUCAAGUUAGCCCGAAUGUGUACAAUAGAACAAGAGCGAACGCCAAUAUGCAGUGGAGAUUGUUCAACAUCCGCUAGUUCGUCAAUGGGUCCAGUCAUCUUUUUCAGCACCAUAAGAUGAAGGAAGGCAAGA